AUGUCUCGAAUAAGCUUGCGCACCAAGUUAACGCGAAAUGUGAACGCGAAAUGUGAACAUCGGGUAAUUGUAUCUCAAACUAACACUUCUUACCUCGAAAAACGCUUCUUGCGUUGGCAUCUGCCUCGCACACUUGCAAAAUUUAAAGAAGAACAGCAACUUCUCAACUCAAUUGACAAGUUCAAGAAGUUUGCACAACGUUCACGUUGGGUUCACGUCAGAUUCACGCCAGUUCACGUCAAGUUCACGCAGUUCACGCGAAGUUCACAUCUCCGCGGGGAAGAUGUUCACGCGUUUUCAAACGCGAUGAAGCUCCCUUGCUUCCCUCCUUCCACCAAAAUCUUCAAAAAAGUGAAUGGCAUGCAGCGGAGCGUCACCCAUGCGCACCCUGGUGACCUCACCCCACCCCGCGUGUACACGCCUGCCGACGUUUUCGCUCGUUCCGGUCGCUUUCUGGCCCCUUCGUCCAAUUUUGCCCCCACGUCUUCAUGUGUGGGCCGCUUUCGCGGUUUUUCACCCCCCUGCGCCCAUUUCCAUCCCCUUCGUUCAAUUUCACCCCCACGUAUUCACGUUCUUCACGUUGGGCCCGCUUUCGCUGUUUUAUACCCCCCCCUGCACCCCCUUUGUCCAAUUCCGCCCUCACGUCUUCACGUUGUGCUGGCGUUCACUGUUCUUCACCCCCCUGCACCCCCUUCGUCCAUUAUCGCCCCUACGUCUUUACGUUGUGCCCGUAUCCUGGUCAAUAUGCCCCACAGUUUCAAGGACUUUGACCCGUUCACGACUUUCAAACCUCGCACCACAAGAUCUGGCCACAAGUUUUCUCGCCUCCUCGAUGCCGUGUUAUGUGGCAUCCAGGUGGCAAAACUCUUUUGCCGUGCUUUUAAAAGGGACAAUGCCUGCGGCGACGAGGGAGACAGCGACAUCGAGGAUGACGACAUCAUCAGCCCUCAAGGUCCCACUGACCUCACACACACGACACCUCCACAUCCACCCACAACACCCAUCAACUCUCGAUAUCAAACACGUCUCACCACACGUCGCACUACUGCUGCCCCUCCUGGCAAGAUCGAAAAAGCUUGCGGGAAGGAUCGUAGCCGACUGCGCCGCUCGGAAUCCAAAGCCAAGCAGAAGCUGCUCCACCCCAAUCGCAUUGCCUUUCGACCUCGUUUUGCUGCCGCUGAAUGUCUCAUCAUCACUGGGAUGAAGACAAAGUUUGAUACCUCCAGGCUAUGUGUCUCAUCCAAUUGUUGGAUUGCGCUACGCAAGAAGGCCACCAAAAAUUCUCAGUGGACGGUGGAUGAGUUGAAAGGGAGGGGAUUUGACGUACUCAAGUGGGAUGCGAGUAACCCGAAGGUUGUGCUCGACGUUGCCAACCGUAUCAUUGUUCCACUCGCAGGCAGGCCGCAGGGCGAAGACUGGGACCAGGUCAUUCGCGAUGCGACUGCUGCCAUGAACGCGGUCCGCAUUCGUGGUGAGCGGCUAGGCAUAUUCACCGCGGAAGACAAGGAACAUCAACACGGUCGGUUUACGCCUGUCACUUCUGGUGUAUCCUAUGGUGGUGGGCAGACAAAACCCGGAAACCUUCGCCUUUCUAAAGCGAAACAAGGACUUGUCAAUGAACUCCGGGAUAAUCCUGCCAUUCAGCGCGUCGCCAGAUGGCAAUCAUGCGCUUUCGCCAUCUAUGCUCCCAAACUCUUUGACAAAUACCGCUACUUAUUAAGCAAUCUAUUCGACCACGACCCGACUCUCAUCCACAACUUCGAAAAAUCGAUAUUUACCGCAUCAACGUUCAACUUAGGCCCCAAUACAAUCACCCUCGAUCACACUGAUUCCGCCAACGUCGCUCAUGGUCUUUGCGCGAUCACAGCACUUGGCGACUACGACUACACGCUUGGCGGUCAUAUGAUUAUCUUUGAUCUCAAGCUUAUCAUUGAAUUUCCUCCCGGCUCCACUAUUCUCAUUCCUUCGGCGGUUUUUUGGCAUGGUAAUACGCCUAUCCAGCCAGGUGAGACCCGAAUGUCAUUCACUCAGUUUGUUGCUGGGGGGUUGUUCCGCUGGGUGAAGUAUGGUUUCAGGACGAAGGAUCAACUUAUCCUUGCUGAGGGUAAAGCACGCUUGUCAGAGAUUAACGGUAACUAUACUGAACGUUGCGAAAGGGCGCUCAGUCUCUUUUCGAAGCUGACUGAGUUAAAUGAGGAUCGUCGACGUGUAUUUGCCAAGUAG